GGUUUUAGCAGAACAAGCUUCAAGGCAGCACUGCCUUCUAAUGAGAGCUGAUGAUGCUGGCAGCUCUUACCCUUGCUUCUCUGGGCAUCCUGGCCCAGGCGUCGGACCUCUGCCCACCCAGCUGCCAUUGUUUUGACAACCUAACCACUGUUGUAUGUCAGGACAAAGGACUGAGCCAGAUUCCCCGACUGCCAGCAGGAACAUUUAAAUUGUUAAUCUCAAACAACCAGAUCGAGGAAAUACCCGAGCGCGGGCUGAAAGAGCUGCAGGUCCUGGACUUGACACAAAACCAGCUAAGUAUCUUCCUGUCACUGAACCCAGUUUGGCCCAGUAUGACCAAGCUGUCCAGGCUGCUCCUGCGUGACAACGGCCUGACGUCUCUGCAUCCAUGGCAGUUCCUUAACUGCCCUGCCCUUGUCUUCUUGGAUCUGAGUAAGAAUCGGAUCAAACAUCUAACAGUGGGAUUCCUCCAUGGAUUAGUUAAUCUGAAGAUCCUGUUUCUGAGCCACAACCAGAUUGAAAUGCUGCCGGAGGAGGUGCUGGAUGGAGCUUUCAGCCUCACUGAACUCCAUCUAAACUUUAACAGUUUAAGGCAAAUAGAGAGCGGUGUCUUCAGGAGCUCUGCCAAGCUGGAAAAGCUUGUUUUGUCUAACAACAGGAUCAUAAGGGUGAUGGAGGCUGCUUUCAGAGGAGCAGUGGGUCUUAAAUAUCUCGAUCUGAGUGGUAAUCAGAUGGAUGCUGUUCCGUCUGAGCAGCUGAGGGAUGUAAACAAGCUCAAGUCUCUGAAUCUUGGGCAGAACCAUGUGGUCACCCUUCCAGCAGACUGCUUCUCCUCACUGACUGAGCUGGAAUGCCUCAUCUUGACGAGCAACAACCUGACGACUCUGUCGGAGAGAUCCCUCUCAGGUCUGAAAAAUCUGAAGGAACUGGAACUCAGUCAAAAUUUCCUGUCUUCUCUUCCAUCCAAUGUCUUUCAAGACCUGGUCAAACUCACAUUUUUGGAUCUGUACAGGAACCAACUAACAGAACUUCCACCUGAUGUUUUCAGAAACUUGAGCAAUCUGUCAGAUCUGCAGCUGAACAGCAAUCAGAUCUCCACCCUACCGCUUGAGGUUUUCAACACACUGCACAAACUACAAGACUUAAUGCUGUCUCAUAACCACAUCCUGGAGCUCCAUCCUGCUCUGUUCACCAAUCUCGUGUCUCUGCAGAUGCUUCAAGUGGCACAUAACGCUCUGAAGCACCUUCCUGAGGGCCUUUUCCACAAACUGCAGGCCCUCAAAGAGCUUCGCCUGCAUGAUAACCACAUCAGGUCCCUCCAUCCAUCAGUCUUCAAUGGAUUAACGAGAGUGGCCAGAGUGAGCAUCUCCAACAACCAGCUUUUAUCUCUACAUCCAGACCAGUUCAAGGAUCUUUCUAGGUUAAAAGAGUUAAAACUGGACAGAAACCAGAUUGUCAGACUUCCCUUAAACUUGUUCACGGCUCUUGGAAAACUUGUAACACUGGAUCUAGGCCACAAUAACCUCUCUGAGCUUUCUUUAUAUAGCUUUAAAGGGUUGAGUGACCUUAAAAACCUAAGACUGAGCUUCAAUCCGCUCCACAGCAUCCAUUAUAACAUCUUUCAGGACCUCUGCAACCUCCGCAAGCUUCUGCUGCAGAACAACGGCCUGGAUAAUUUACACCUGGAGCUCUUCCAGCCACUACCAAAGCUAAUAGAACUGAACCUGGAUGGAAACAAGCUGGUUUGUCUGAAUCCUGGUGUCUUUCAGGGGCUUAAAGACCUUGAGGAACUGAGCUUGAAGUCCAACCAGCUCAGGUAUUUGGAGCCAAAGACUUUGGAACCUUUGAGAAGACUUGAAAUCAUCCAUCUCUCAGAUAAUUUGUGGGAUUGUACAUGCAAGGAUAUCUUCCACCUGUGCAACUGGGUCAGCGUGCACAGAGAAAAACUACGAGAUAAGCCUUCCUGCUACUUCACCUCCUCAUCUAAGUCAGCUUCGUCAAAGUCCUCCUCCUGGACUGAAAGCCCUCCGCCCCCACAGUUGGCCCUCUUCUUACUGGAUUACUGCGCUGCAGCUGCUGCGCGCUGCUCGCCUUCGCUUCCUCUAGAACUGCUGAGUGUGCUCACACCUUCUCUCAUAGCUGUUGCCCACAGUCACCUUUAAAGUGGUUCAAACUUUCUGUAGGUUCUCAUCUUUCCUUGAAUGCACUCGGCUUCAGAGUUUACACUUCGAAGAUCAAACAACACAUGCAAAAAGAUCUGGCAGAUCUAACUCCAACUCCAACAGUGCAAUGAUUCAGUGCCUUGCAGUUAUUAAUACCUGUUUAAGGUGCUCGCAUUCUGUCACAUCACAACCGUACAGUUCAAUGGAUUUUAUGUGGCGGAACAAAGUAGCACAUACUUCAGAAGCAGAAGGAAGAUUAUGCAUGAUUUUACAAAUACAUUUCUGAAAAGUGUGGAGUGCAUUUGUAUGCAGCCCCAACCCCUGAGUCAACACUAGGUAUGACCAUGUUUUGCUGCAGUUACAACUUCAAGGCUUUUUGGUUUUGUCUCAACCAGCUUUGCACAUUUUUCUUCCUUGCAUAAUAGCUGCAUCUCAGUUAAUUUUGGUUUUACAGGUUUUGCAAGAAAUUCUCAUUUGGAUUUAGGUCUUGAAUUUGUGUAACACAUAAAGAUGCUUUGUUUAAACCAGGGGUAUCCAAAGCAGGGCCCACUGGCCUUUUCGAGCCAUCAGAAAGAUUUUGUGUGGCUUGUGAACGCAACACGAGAACGCUACAUGUUUGGCUCACCAGCACAGAUAGUUGAUGUAGAUGGACUUUUGUUUUUUUAUUUUUUAGAGCAACAAUUUUACUAAUAAAAGGAAAUUGCUUAAGAUUCACAAAACCAAAUUUUGAUCCCAGUAUAGCUCUGGUUGGACAAUGUCCUGCUGGAAAGGUGAACUGGCUUGUAUUUAGCUCCUUCUCUGUUCCCAUCUACUCGCACCAGUUGAAGAAAAGCAUCCCCAUGGCCUGAUGCUGACACCACCAUGUGGCACCAGGGGGAGCGGAGCAGGGGGUUUUCUGGGUGAUGUGAAGAGUUUUCUGCCACAUAGACUGGAGCUGGAACGGAAAUGACAGGUGGUUCUGCAAGGCAGGCACUUUUCUCAUUUCUAUUUUUAAAGGAUUUAUUUCUGUGUUUUUUAAUGUACUAGUAAUUGUUUUUGCCUAAAUGUUUUGCUACUAAACUGUUUUAUAAGUGUAAGAUGUGGCUCUUUUAGCUUUGUUUUGUAUGUAGCUUAGUUUCUGUUCCAAAUAAAC